AUGGAACCACCACUUAAGAAAAUUUUGAAAGUAUUUGACGAAGAUGGUUUAUAUAAAACCAUGGCCAUCGAACCUAGUAGUACAGCUGGAGAAAUUUGUGAAAAGUUUGCAAAGAAAUUGUUUUUAAAUGAUAGCGAAAUUGUACAAUUUAGUUUAUUUAUUUUUGAAGGUGGAGUUAGACAUCAAUUAAAAGUAACAGAUUUUCCAUUUGACUUUUUGGUUAAAUAUGAAAAAAAAGAUUUUAAAUUUUACUUUUUAAAUCCAAAUGGAGAGUUUAUAAGUUUUGACAAAGAAAAGCAAAAGAAUAAUAGUAUCUCGAGUGGGCCACCAAAGAAAGAGUUACCAAUGCCAAAUACAGGUUCAUCUUCAUCAUCAUCAUCAACAGCACCACCACCAAGAUCAUCUAAAGGUAUGUCAGGUUGGCUAUUAAGGAAAAGACCAGGUAGAUAUGAUAAAAUUUGGGCAGUUUCAAAAGGUGAUAAAUCACUUAGAUUAUAUGAAAAUGAAGAUACAGAUUCAGAGCCACUUUACGAUCUAUCAUUAGAAAAUUCAAUUGUCGAGUUAAAACAAGAUUUACAUUUAGUUUUAACAUUGGGAAACUCAGAAAGAUAUACAUUCACAUCGGAAUCAGAAUCAGAAAUUGUAUCAUGGGCUCACGAACUACAGGCUACAAUGAACUAUCAAGCUGGCCAAUCUAAACCAAUAAUUAAAAAUAGUUCACCAAUGGGUGGUAUGUUAAUGGGAAUGGGUAUGGGUAUGGGAGGUUUUGUUCCAUCAUCUCGUGACCUCAAUGUAAAAUUACAAAAUAAAGCUGAAAACUCUACUACCCAACUUUCAACUCUUGUAGGUUGGGUUAAUCAUAUACUCAGCGGUAAAGGAUUAAAAUGCUCCGACGACGAAGUACUUAGUGCCUUUAGCGAUGGUAUUUUGUUUGUUAAUCUUAUUGACGAUCUUUUCGGCCAAAAGAUAACCUAUAGAAAAGGAAAAUCCGUAUACGAAAUGCAAUAUAAUAUUGAUAGAUGCCUCGAAGUAUUAAAAGAAAAGUGUAAAUGUGACUAUGGUAAAAUUAUGUCAUCAGAUGUUACCGAAUGUAAAGUAGCUAAAAUUAUUGUAAGAAUAUUGUGGUCAAUGUUUGUUUCAUUCGUUACCAAUGGUGAAAAGGAAUAUGCUGUUAAAGAUAAACUUUUAGGAUGGGCUUCAAAUUUGGUAAUAGAAUAUACAAACAAAUCUAUUAUAGUAGACUCUCCAGCUGCAUUACGUAACCCAUUGGUUUUCGCUGCCAUCAUUGCCAAGUUAAAUCCAAGUGUAAUUGAUUACCAAUCAAUUGCUUCUAAAAAGUCUAAAGAGGACCAAGCUCAAAUCAUUAUCAAUAUCGCUAGUGAUCAAUUUUCAAUUCCAAAAGUUGUUGAUGCAUCAUUUUGGAGUGAUGAUAAAGUUGAUGAAAAAUCUUUUCUCAUCUAUUUAUCAAUGUUUUAUUAUUAUUUAUCAAAUCAAGAUCAAGAGAAAUCAGAAAUUAUAAAAUCAUCUAUUAAUCAAAGAGAACCAUGCGAACCAGAAUCCACUAUGCGUGAAAAACAAUUAAAAGCAAUUAAAGAAAAGCAACAACAAGAAGAACAGCAACAACAGGAACCACCAAAACCAGUAUCACAACCAUUAAAGAAGGCUACUGGAAAACCAUUACCACAACCAAGAAAACUACCACCAACUGCAAAGCCAGCUGCUACUCCACAACCAGUAUCAGAAACACCAGCUUCUACAGCAACAUCAAAUACUAUUACAAUAAAUGGUGUUUCUAUUAAUAAACCAAAACCACCAGCUCAAACAUUCAAGAAGCCAGCUCCAGUUCCAUUAAAACCAAAACCAACAGCAAGACCACCAUCUGCAUUUGUAAAACCAAAAGAAGAUGAACAAGAGAAAUUAAAACAACAAGAGCAAGAAAGAUUAGAACAAGAAAGAUUAGAGCAAGAAAGAUUAGAACAGGAACAACAAGAACAAGAAAGAUUGGAACAAGAGCAACAAGAGCAAGAAAGAUUGGAGCAGGAAAGACUCGAAGAAGAAAGACUCGAAGAAGAAAGACUCGAAGAAGAAAGACUCGAAGAAGAAAGACUCGAAGAAGAAAGACUCGAAGAAGAAAGAUUGGAACAAGAAAGACUCGAACAAGAAAGACUCGAACAGGAAAGAAAAGAAAAAGAAAAACAAGAGAAAAUUAAACAACAGGAAAAAGAAAGACAAGAAAAAAUUAAACAACAGGAAAAAGAAAAGGAAGAAAAAGAAAGAAAAUUAAAAGAACAGACCAAAAAAGAGGAAACCGCUAAUGAUAUUUUUGAAAGUGAUGCAUUUAAAUUAUUAGAUGAAAUUGUAGUAGGUUGUGAUAAGUAUACAUCAACUUCAUCACCUUCAAAUUCACAAAUAAGUUUUUCAAAUAGUUAUGAAAACUCUAGUUUUGUUAAUAAUGAUGAAGUCGAACAAUUUACUAAAUCUUUUGAACAAUUACAAAAUGAAGAAGAACGUUAUAACAGCUUCCUUAGACCAGCACCAGCCCAACAAGCCCCAUCGAGAUUAUCUAAUAAAGAUAUCAAUCUUAAUUUCGAUCCUUCAGUUGUAGAUGAAUUGGAUAGUAUUAUUGGAAAUUUACCAGAUACCACCGGUUCAAGUGAUUUUAAAGCUAGAUCACCAGAUUCAACUUCAUCAAGUGCUAAAGAGGUAACCCCAAAUGAGGUUUCAGAAGAUGCUGCACCAAAAUCACCAACUGUAACAAGCACUAAAGUAAGAAAGCCAUUACCAACAUUAACAAAAGAACAAGAACAAGCUAGACAAUCAGUUGCUAUUAAAUCUCAAGAUAUUCAACAAAUUGAAACCAAAGAACCAGAACAAACUACAACCUCAAAUACUGCCAAUAAAGAAGAUCAGACUUUAUCACCAAGAAAUACUCAAGGUAGAGUUGUUGUUAGAAUUUGUUUAGAAGGUUUUGGUGAUGUUUUAUUCUGUAGUUUCGCUAUUGGUUAUGAUACUGUUUGUGGAAAAGUCCGUGAUAUGGUCAUCAAGAAAAUGAAGGUACAACAAGCUGAAGAGCAUGAAUAUUCACUUCACAUCGUUAGAGAUGGAUUAGAAAGAGUUUUAGAUGAUGAUGAAAUUCUCUUAGAAGCCGAGGAUAAAAUUGACAGAUUCGUUUUUAAGAAAAAUGAAUUUGAUAGAAGAUUAUUAAUUUCAAAUCACAGACCACCAAAAUAA